CCACGUCAUUAAAGUCUAUAAUAAAAAAAUAUAUAUAAAAAUUUUGGGAUUAUUAAGACCCUUUGGCUUGCUUGCUUCUUCCCCAAUCCAGUAUUCCCCUUGUUUUCUUCUCUUCCGAUCAAAGGCUUCGACUUUUUUGUGAGGAGACAUGGCCAGGAGUUCUUUCAAGGAAGAGCAUGAUCUUGAGAAGAGGAGGGCUGAGGCUGCAAGGAUCAGGGAGAAGUAUCCUGAUAGGAUUCCGGUGAUUGUGGAGAAGGCAGAAAGAAGUGAUAUUCCCAACAUUGACAAAAAGAAGUACUUGGUUCCAGCAGACUUGACAGUCGGCCAGUUCGUGUAUGUUAUUCGCAAGAGAAUCAAGCUGAGUGCAGAGAAGGCCAUCUUCAUAUUUGUGGACAAUGUGCUUCCACCCACUGGAGCGAUAAUGUCUACGAUAUAUGAUGAGAAGAAAGAUGAAGAUGGAUUUCUCUAUGUCACAUACAGCGGUGAGAACACAUUCGGUUGAAGUUCAUAAAACCGAAUUUUCCAACUUGACUCUUUCACCAUCGACAUUUCAACCGAUUAAGUUCAUGUGCAUCUCUUACCGUCACCUUUCAUCGAUCUACUUCACUUUGUUUACCUUUUACUUUCAAUCUGUUCUCUGUGGAAAAACUAAGUCACUAGCAAUAAAUUGUAUAGUUUGGGUUCUGUAUAGCUCAUGACACUGGUCUUUUAUGCUUAAUAACUAUCAUGCUUUAUAUAUUUGUUUGCUCA